AUGUCUAGGAAUCUUAAAGUAAGACCAUCAAAAUUUGAAUCAAGUGAUCCUGCCAUCAAAGAGGAAAUGAGGAAAUUCAUCGAAGAAUUCGAAAAUCGCCUUAAAACGAAAUUGAACCACCACCCAGUUGAUUCAGACCUUACCCAUGUCGUACCGCGUCGAAUGUACAACCAGGCGUCGAAGAUUGUACGUCUUCAUCCGUACGACGACAAGGAAUUCGAAGAGAUCGUCAAAUGUCGCUUGAAUGAAGCCUUCCGCUACUACAGCAUUGAGACGAAGGACACCGACAGCCUUAGUCCGGAAACUGGUGAUGAUGUCGAAGACGACGAUCGUCUUUCGAAAUUCGAGCUGAAAAUAGACCCCAAAACCAAGCCACGUGAAUUGAAACUCAAAGAGGUCAACUGGAUGGAGAAUUUCCUGAAGAAAACUCGCAAGGAGCGCAUCCAAUGGCAGACCAAGCUCUACAAGUCAGAUAAGAAGCUGUUGGAAAAGCCACUGUUCGAACAGGUCGAGGAGCUGAUUGACCUCGGAGCGCAGGAUUUCGCCGAAUGGCUGAACACGCUGGGAGCGGAAAAGUCCAACAUCACAAAGGACAUCAUCAAGCAGUUGUUUUCGAUUGGGGUGGAAGGCGAUUCGGCGAAAGCGCUGUACGUCGAGCCGAAGGAAAUUCGAGCAAUUCCGGUGGAGGUGGCACGGGACUGGAACUUGCACUAUAUGGCACUGCAGCGCAAAAUCGCCCAGGUGAUGAAAAGCGACCGUCGUCAGGCGAAAGUCCGCGAGCGGCAUGUAGCUUUUGGCCGUACGCUGCCGUUGCACAUGCGCAAAUUCAAACGCUUCGAAGACAUCGAUGAAAUUGUACCCAACUUCCCGGAGGAAAUCAAAACGUUCCAGAAGGUGUUCAAGGGGAUUUGUCACUUGCGGUCGGUAAAAAUUCUGGUGGACCACCUCAAGGAGCAUCCGGAGAUACACAGACCCAAGUACCUGGUGAAUCAGGGAAUGUUCAAGACGAAGGUGGUGAAACCGACCGACCACGUUCCACUGUAUAAGCAUUACUUCAAAAAUAACCCGGGAUCAGGAAAGGAUUUGCAGUAA